CGCCGUGCUGUACCUUCCGUCGGCAGAAGUUUCUACUCUAUGGCCGAAGAAGCAAAAGCCAAGGGUAACGCCGCCUUCUCCUCUGGCGACUUUCAGGCCGCUAUCCGCCACUUCACAGAAGCAAUCAACCUUGCCCCUACGAACCAUGUUCUCUACUCCAAUCGAUCCGCUGCCUAUGCCUCCCUCAAUCAAUUUGAAUCUGCGUUAACGGAUGCCAAGAAGACCGUCGAACUCAAGCCCGACUGGUCCAAGGGCUACAGCCGGCUUGGCGCCGCUCACCUCGGCUUGCACCAGUACCAAGACGCUAUUUCGGCGUACAAGAAGGGCCUCGAGAUCGAUCCCAGCAAUGAAGCUUUGAAGUCUGGCUUGGCUGAUGCCCAAGCCGCGUCGUCGCGAGCUAGAGCGGUGCCACCGCCAAACCCGUUCGGGGAUGCUUUUCAGGGGCCUGAGAUGUGGGCGAAAUUGACCGCGGAUCCAUCGACCAGGGCCUUUUUGCAGCAGCCUGAUUUUGUGAAGGCUAUGCAGGAGAUACAGAAGAACCCCAGCAAAUUGAAUGAGCAUUUGAAGGAUCAGAGAGUGAUGCAAGCAUUGGGCGUUCUGUUAAAUGUGAAGUUCAAGGCGCAUCCAGGCACCAGUGAAGACACGGAUUUGCCCGAGGCGGAGGCACCCCCUCCUCAGCCUCCUAAGGAGGAGUCUAGAAGGCCAGAGCCGAAGCCAGAGCCGGAAGCAAUGGAGCUGACAGAAGAGGAGAAAGAUAAGAAAGAGAGGAAAGAGAAAGCACAGAAGGAGAAGGAUGCAGGAAACGCAGCGUAUAAGAAGAAGGAUUUCGAGACUGCAAUUGCUCAUUACACAAAGGCGUUGGAACUUGACGAUGAGGAUAUCUCGUAUCUAACUAAUCGGGCUGCGGUGUAUUUGGAGAUGGGAAAGUACGAGGAAUGUGUUAAAGAUUGUGACAAGGCUGUUGAGAGGGGUAGAGAGCUUAGAUCAGACUUUAAGAUGAUAGCAAGAGCUCUGACUAGGAAGGGAACUGCUUUAGUGAAAAUAGCUAAAUGCUCCAAAGACUUGGAGCCUGCUAUUGAGACUUUCCAGAAAGCUCUUACAGAGCAUCGCAACCCAGAUACCUUGAAGAAACUAAAUGAGGCUGAGAAAGUGAAAAAGGAACUAGAGCAGCAAGAGUCUUUUGAUCCAAAGAUAGCUGAUGAGGAGCGUGAGAAAGGGAAUGAAUACUUCAAGCAGCAGAAGUAUCCAGAAGCUGUUAAGCAUUAUUCUGAAGCAAUUAGAAGGAACCCUAACGAUCCCAAGGCAUACAGUAACAGAGCUGCAUGCUACACAAAACUUGGUGCAUUGCCAGAGGGACUCAAAGAUGCUGAGAAGUGCAUUGAACUUGAUCCAACCUUCUCUAAAGGUUACACAAGAAAGGGUGCUGCUCAGUUCUUUAUGAAAGAGUAUGACAAGGCUUUAGAAACAUACCAAGAAGGGCUGAAGCAUGACCCUAAUAACCAGGAAUUGCUUGAUGGUGUCAGGAGAUGUGUAGAUCAGAUUAACAAGGCUAAUCGUGGUGAUUUAACCCCUGAAGAGUUGAAGGAGAGACAGGCCAAGGCAAUGCAGGACCCUGAGAUUCAGAACAUUCUUUCUGAUCCUGUUAUGAGACAGGUGUUGAUUGAUUUCCAGGAGAAUCCAAGGGCGGCACAGGAGCACACCAGGAAUCCCAUGGUAAUGAGCAAGAUCCAAAAGCUGGUAACUGCUGGAAUUGUCCAGAUGAGAUAGAAUGUAAAAAAACUUCUUCUUCUUCUUCUUUUUGUUUUUUUUGUUUUAAAUUCAGUCCAUUGUACUUUGCGGUUUGACUUUGAGUGUAUUAAUUUAUCAAACUCAGUUGGAAAUUUUGUUAAUUUGGUUAAUGUUAGUUUCGUUCAUUUGGUUUGAAAAU